GCUACCUUUUCUUACGCUACGGAUACCGUACUUGCGUACCUAUCUUCCUAAGCUUACCUCACCUCGACCGUCUCGACUGUCGGUCCCUUCCUUCCUUACCUUAGCUUACACGGGCCACACUUUCCCUUCCCCCCUUUGGACCUACCUAUAUCAACUUGGACACCUACUUCCUUCCACCUGCUUGCUCGCCCAACUUUUUUUUUCCUCCCACCCACAUUCGCAUUCCAUCAUUGUUUUUCUUCCCAUCAAGCUCGACUUCUGCGAAUCUCUGCGACUCUCCUCCAUCUUCGCACCUUCAUCACCGGUCAAGAUCUUUUACGCGUUGACCAAUUCUUUCCCUCAUAACCUACCACAAUCAAUUCUACCUCGUAUCCUACUCAUCACCACCCGACCGAUCGCAAGAAUGGCCGCCGCUCGCUCUGCCUUCCGUCUCACCACCCGCUUCGCUCCUCGCGUCGCCAUUCGCAGCCAGGCUGCCCGCCCCUUCUCUGUCUCUGCUCGCGCCUUCAAGAGCGAUGUUGUCAGCGAGAAGGAGGUUCCUGUCUCUGUCUACGCUCCCGAUGCCAAGGGCACUGGUCAAUCCGAUCACUUCUCCAUCCCCGUCCGCGAGCACGACUCUCGCCCUCCCACCGAGUCCCCCGUCCCCGGCCCUGAGAACGACGAUGUCGUCCCCCUCACCCGUAAGACCUUCGACUCUAUGCCUCCCAUGAUGCAGAGGCUCUCUGUCAUGGGUAAGACCAUUGUGGUCACAGGUGGUGCCCGUGGUCUGGGCAACUACAUGGCUCGUGCCUGCGCUGAGGCCGGUGCCAAGGCCCUGGUCAUCUUCGAUGCCAACCAGGAGUUGGGUGACGAGGCUGCUGCUGAGCUGCACCAGAAGACUGGCUUGCCCGUCACCUUCUUUAAGGUGGAUGUCCGUGACGGCGCUGCCAUUAACGCUGCAGUCGACUCGGUGGUUGAGCUCUACGGCGCUCCUGAUGUUCUGGUCAACUCUGCCGGUAUCGCUGACUCCAACAUCAAGGCCGAGACUUACGACCCCGCCAUGUUCCGCCGUCUUAUCGACAUCAACCUGACUGGUUCCUUCCUCAUGUCCCAGGCUGUUGGCCGCGCCAUGAUGAAGGCUGGCAAGCCUGGCUCCAUCAUCCUGGUCGCCUCCAUGUCUGGCAGCAUUGUCAACUACCCCCAGGAGCAGUCCUGCUACAACGCCUCCAAGGCCGGUGUCAUCCAGUUCGGCAAGUCCCUUGCUGCUGAGUGGGCCAAGUACAACAUUCGCGUCAACUGCAUCUCCCCUGGCUACAUGGACACUGCCCUCAACCGUGUCCCUGCCCUUGACGCCCAGAAGAAGAUCUGGAAGUCCAUGACUCCCCAGGACCGCCUUGGUGCUGUCGACGACCUCAACGGUCUCUGCGUCUUCCUGGCUUCCGAUGCCUCCAGCUUCAUGACUGGAUCCAACGUCAUCAUUGACGGUGGUUACACUUGCUACUAAGCCCGUGCAUCAAGUAUGGCCAUUCCCCGAGCUUUGCUUUGUUGCAUUGCCCUGGGGCAGGUCAGCAUGUACCUGGCGAGUAUUGAGCUUGCAGGCUGCGUCCCGUCAUGCAGCUACGAUCAAGAGCAUCGCUGACCCACGCAGACGGUAUGUUUGCCAUGGGCAAAUGUGAUACCGGUGGAACCAGCAUCAUCGCUCCGACAUGGUCGCCUACACUACGGCGACUUCGUGCCGAUUUCUUACUGUCAAUGCUUUAUUUUUCCUUUUGCAGACCCGACAAAAGUCUUCCGGGACUAUACCCCCCAGUGGUCCAAGGGUCACACAGCACCCAUUCAGUUCAUUGACUUUCGACUGUCAGCCAUCAUUUCUCUCUCUCUCUCUCUCUCU